CACUCGCUUAACUUUGCCACAAACACUUUGCUCUCUCAAAAUCAAAAUUUGUGUAUCUCUCCAAUUGAACCAUGUCUGACGACGAGCACCACUUCGAAUCCAGCGACGCCGGAGCUUCCAAGACCUAUCCUCAACAAGCCGGUAACAUCCGUAAAGGUGGUCACAUCGUCAUCAAGGGACGUCCCUGCAAGGUGGUUGAGGUAUCAACUUCAAAGACUGGGAAGCACGGUCACGCCAAAUGUCACUUUGUUGCCAUUGAUAUCUUCACUUCAAAAAAGCUCGAAGAUAUUGUUCCUUCUUCCCACAAUUGUGAUGUUCCACAUGUGAACCGUGUUGAUUACCAGUUGAUUGAUAUCUCUGAAGAUGGCUUUGUUAGUCUUCUUACUGAUAAUGGUAGCACUAAGGAUGAUCUGAAGCUGCCAACAGAUGAAGCUUUGCUCACUCAGCUCAAGAAUGGAUUUGAGGAGGGCAAGGAUAUUGUUGUUUCUGUAAUGUCUGCAAUGGGAGAGGAGCAGAUGUGUGCUCUCAAGGAAGUUGGUCCCAAGUAAUAAUAAGUAAUCAUUUUGUCUUGACAGAGUCGAAUGUUUUAAGAACAAAAUUUGGUACUUUUUUUUUUUGUGGUCUUCUUAGUUAUUUAAGCAGCCCAUGUGUUUUCAUGUACUACACUUUUAUAUCUCUAUCUUACUAUUGGUUUUGGUUGUGGAGAAGUUACUGUUGUUGACAGUUCCGAACCGACUGUUAUACUCCCUAUGUGCAAUGUCAUAUUUUUAGAUCCUUAAGGGGCCUAUGUCAUUUUUGAUUGUGGGUAUGUCAAUAUACUUGUGAUC